UGCCGAACAGGCAGCCGCUUCUUUUCCUGGACUUUUCACCCCGAUCUCUGAUUAACUCUACAGAACCAACUCGUCAUUCAUUCUAAUAAAUAUUUUAUUCUGUGUGAGCCUCGGCUUUUAAGGGGAGGGGAGGAUUUAUUUGACUGACCCGGUGCCGGCGGAGACCCUCAGCGCUCAGACAAUAAGUGGGAGCGAUCAGAUCACAACAAAAGACACAAGAUGACAGAGGGCCGUCUGUGCCAGGUACACCUCCUCGAUGGCAGGAAGCUAGAGCUGCUGGUUCAGCCCAAGCUUUUGUCCCGUGAGCUGUUAGAUUUGGUGGCGUCACAUUUUAACCUGAAGGAGAAAGAAUACUUCGGACUAUGCUUCAUAGAUGACACUGGCCAGAAUAACUGGCUCCAGCUGGAUCGUAAAGUCCUUGAUCAUGACUUCUCCAAGACUUCAGGUCCUUUGGAACUCAAGUUCCUUGUGAGGUUUUACAUUGAGAAGAUCACCUUCUUAAAAGAGAACACAACAGUGGAGCUGUUCUUCCUGAAUGCAAAAUCUUUAGUGUUUAAUGAAACCAUCGAAGUGGAGAGUGAAAAUGUUUUCAAGUUAGCUGCAUUCGCAUUGCAGGAGGCCAAAGGAGAUUUUACCAGUGCUGAGAGUGCCAGAUCAGACCUGAAGCAGCUUCCAGUUCUGCCCACUCGAGUACUCAGGGAGCACCCGUCUCUCAAUUACUGUGAAGACAAAGUGAUUGAACAUUACACAAAACUGAAGGGACUGACCAGAGGAAAAGCCAUUGUGCAGUAUCUGGCCCUGGUGGAGUCCCUGCCGACAUAUGGAGUCCAUUAUUACCCAGUGAAGGACAAACAGGGAAUACCGUGGUGGCUAGGAGUCAGCUACAAAGGCAUCGGCCAGUACGAUUUACAGGACAAGCUGAAACCAAGAAAGUUGUUUCAGUGGAAGCAGUUGGAGAAUUUGUAUUUCCGAGAGAAGAAAUUCGCAGUGGAAGUGAACGACCCACACAGAAGAACAGUGACCAAGCGAACUUUUGGACAAACUGGUCUUGUUAUUCACACAUGGUAUGCCAGCCACUCUCUGAUUAAAACCAUCUGGGUGAUGGCCAUCAGUCAGCACCAGUUCUACCUGGACAGGAAGCAAAGUAAAUCAAAGAUGACCACAACCAGGAGUUCAGGAGACAUCGCCAUGGACCUCACAGAGAUCUGCGCCCCGCGGAUCAGUAAACUUUCCAGCCUUGAGAGCAAAGAUCAACUUAUCAUGGCCAGCAAUGGAAGCCUCAUCUCAGCCGGUUCUGCUGACUCGGAAGUCAACGAGGAACAGAAGAAAGAGAAGAUUGCUGAAUUGAAAAAGAAAGAGAUGGACCUUCAAGACACAUUGACAAAGAAACUUGAGGAAUUAAAAAAGAUCUGCAUGAGAGAAGCUGAGCUUACAGGCAGAUUGCCUAAAGAGUAUCCCUUGGCCACAGGUGAAAAGGCCCCACAAGUUCGACGCCGGGUUGGGACAGCCUUUAAGCUGGAUGAACUUUUCCCCUAUAAUGAGGACCCACAUCUGAGGAAUCUGGAGAGCAGGUUCGCUCUGCAGCAGAAGAUCGUGGAAGCAGCCAUCAAGCUAUCCAAUGAGGAUGACCUCUGCAAGACAGUGAAGAAAAAGAGGAGAAACAACUACCUGGAUGCAAUGAGGAAGCUGGAGGAGAUUGAGAAGGAGAUCAACGCCUAUAGGAUCAAGAAAGGAAAGAAACCCACCCAAAGAGCUUCACUGAUUUUAGCAGAUGAUGUCAACCCUUCAGACCUCAGCUCUCUAUCUGACAGUCUCACUCUGGAUGAUGAUGAUGAGUUUGGCUCCCAGAGGCAGCGAUCAAGGUCGGUCCAGUACUCCCCAAGACCCCACCAUGCAGAAACUCUAGAAAUCCACUACAGCAAAGACAGACGAGCCUCUGCCAACGACCAGAAUGCAGACAGAAGAUUAAAUUAUGGCCAAGUCCAGGAAUCACUCCACUACAGUCACCGUGAUGCCUUAUCAAGCCACGGCAGCCCAUACAAACCGGCUUCCAGACAGCCACGUGACGCCCGCAGCAUGCCCCCUACCCCCCUCCUCACCCGCAACGCCUACAGCAGCACCCAGCUCAGAUCAGAGGACGUUCCACAACAUUUCCGCCAGCGUAGCGGGAGUCUGGAGUCCCAGUCUCAGUUUCUGACGGAGACCGACCCCCCUGUGCCAACGUUCACCUUCUCCCCGGCCCGACGCAGCAACAGCACCGAGGUCCUCGAUGACGGCUCCUCCUACACGAGUCAGUCCAGCGUCGAGUACAGCGUCCCAGGUAACCACACCCACCGACGCAGAACUCGCGGCCGCCACAGGAAAGACAUGUACGCCAACACAGGCAGCAUGCCCAACCUGGCUCAGCCGGACACCCGCUGCUACGCCUACCAGCCUCGGGCUCGACCCACCACAACAGCUUACUACGUCACAGGCUACCCCAGCUACACAGAGCCAGAGCCUUACUCCAAUGGAGCCUACAUGUACGACAACGAGAUGGAGGGACACUACAACGUCAAUCCUUCCUACCACCCCACCCCAACAGCUUACCACAGCCACGACAUGCACAGUCACUACGGCAACGACGAGCUAGACGGCAUGUCGCAGAACCCGUACGCAACGCUGAGGCCAUCCAGGAACCGUCCGGUGCCCCGAAGCAACGAGCAGGUCACCAAGAACAUCCAGAAGGCCUUGGUGGCUGAACACUUGAGAGGCUGGUACCAUCGCAACGCUGCACACAAACAGCCCACAUACAACUAUGACUACGACAGAGGCUCCCAGCAGAGCCUGGGCUAUCAGACCAUGCCUGCACCCUACAGCCACACCAACAGGAAUAUCUCCUACACAUCAGUGUCCUCAGCCUCCUCCACUGGGAACUGGCACAACCACAUUAGUGGUGGUGGUAUGUUGGAAUAUGACAUGCCUAUGCAUGCGCCGCAGUCUCACCCUUACAGUACAGCCCCCUACAGCCACUCUGCCCACAACAGAUGUCCCCCAGAGUUUGAGUGGCGGAGCAGAGAUAGGAUGACGUGCCCUGCAGGGCCUUUAGAGAGAUCCUACAUAGAUGUCAAUCAAAUGGACCCACACAUUAACCAAAUGCACACUGGCGAGGACCCAGAAGACCAGAUUUACUGGCACGAAGACUCAAAACCGGGAACAAUAGUUUAGUUGCUCUCUCAUCACAGUGUAUGACAUUUUCACCGUGACAAGUUGUCAUCGUGCCUUAGACUGCACUUACCUGUUUUUCUGUACAAGGGGAUACAAAGAAUGAAGGAACUUACUUCUGUGGAAUUCAGAGUUUAAAAGAAAGAAAGAAAUGAAGACUCUUCAUUUUACGUUCUAUUGAACACAAAUGCCAAACGGACCCGGAUCCUUGUGUUGAAAUUGUAACAAAACCCCACAAAGCGUCUACAUGUCUGGAUUGCGAGAGUUUGUGGUGAUGGCACUUGUGCACUGAAACUAUACCAGGAGCUGCUGUGGACUGUGUGGUAUAGCCAAAGGGAAAGGGGGACUCCAGACCCCUUAACUUAUCCAGUGUUGCUCUGUAGAGAUGCCGCCGUCACAAACCGAGGACCAGGGUUGUCUCUAUAAGAGGAUACUGAGCCGCAAUGAACAACUAGAACGACUCAUCAUGUUCUGUCAAUUACACACAUGUAUGAACACUGUGACCACGAAUUAUCAGACAAGGACUGAUAGGACAUUAUCAAAAAUGAAGGAUUGAACUCAUUAAAAAUGAGACAAAAACAGAUGGCUACUUCCUGGAACAUUGUGCAGUCACCAGAUCCAGUUUUAUCAUUGCAUUGCUUGUAACUACCACAGUGCUUCCUGUACUCUUGUUUGUUUUAAACAUAAGUAUUCAAGCUGUCUUUCUUUCAGUGCUCACAAUACAAUUGAGCCACAUACCUGUACUUCUGUGUAAACACCAUUUGAGUAUUACUCCAAGACUUUAACAGAGGUUACUGCCACAUCUGAUGAAUCUCUGCAGGAAGAUAGAACUUUCUUUGGAAAAAAAAAAAACAUGGUUAUUUCAUCCAUGCUGGAAAUCAUGGACUGGUGCUCCCAACUUCUCUCAAGAGAAUGAAGCUGUAUGUAAAUGUUGGUAUUGUUAAUACACUGGUUCCGUCUUUUUUUUUUUUCUUUUUUUUUUUUUUUAGAGCAUUUUUAUGUAUUUGAAAAGCAUGUAAUAUAUAGUAAACAAUUGUUGUUAAGCUGGUUCUUAGUAAUUUGUAUAU